CAUUUUGGUUGGCUGGCAGGCUCAAGGUCGAAAUCGCGAACGAGAGGAGUUUAUCCGUGCCUUUAGUUCAAGUGUUUGUUUCUAAACUUUGAAACAUACAUGUUGCACACUUCACUCGGCGACCAUUGAACGGGAAGAAAAUACAUUGAAACAAUCUAGCUCUUCCGAAGAAGUGGAUGGGAAACAAAGGAGUACUUGGCUAUCGGUUAUUUCCACACGUUCCUCUACACAACUUUGGCACACAAUACAUCAGCGUAAGUGAUACUUGUUCAAGCCAUAGAUAUCCUGUCACAAUUCCUACAAGAUCAAAGGUUCUUUGAAUGAUUGAGUCGUUAAAAUGUGUCCAGUAUUUCAAAGGAGAUCCUUUAGAUGAGUUAACUUCAUCAUCACCAUGUUUACCUCCUCUACAACCUUCACGAACACACAAGGUGUUCUUUCGUUGUGACAGUAACCCUGUAAAGCCACCUAUACCAUAUCCUGAUGACUAUCAGGAUAAGUGGAACGGAUUGUUUGUUCGUAUGCCAUGUUCUCCUGAAAGCGUUUAUCCGGUUUAUGAAGGUGGUGCUAAUAGCCUUAUUUCUAGAUGGGUCGUGAUUGAAAAGGCAUUGAGAAAUAAGAUAAAAUCUUCUGACGAGUUGAAGGAAGCUAUUCUCUCCUACAACUAUCGUUUCAAAUCCUACUGGAAUUUUAAAACAUUAGAACAAUUAUGUAUGAUGAACCUGAUCCCCGAUGGUGGAAACGAUAAUUUCUUCGGUAACACUCUUUCCGGAAUUUGUUCGUUAGCACUAAAUUUGCCUAUUUUUGUUACAAAAGUUGAUUUCGCCAACAGUUAUCUCGGUGGUGGUGUUUUAAAUAGUGGAUGUGUACAAGAAGAAAUUAUGUUUGCUUUACGACCAGAAUUGUUGGUCAGUUGCUUAUUUGUCGAGCGUCUGGGGUUUGAUGAGACACUUAUUAUUGAAGGUGCUGAACAGUAUUCCGUAGGUUCUGGCUAUGCUGAUGAUUUCUGUUGGGCUGGCGAUUUUAUUCAUUCGGAUAGUGGGAUGAAACGGUAAGUUUCACAUGCAUUCAUAAUACUGAUCAACCGGAUGUGAUACUUGGGAGUUAUUAAGAAUAUAAGAUAUCCGUCGGAUUAUUUCCCGUCUUCAUACACGGUUAGUAAAUGGGUUAUCAUAAAAAUGUUUGUUAUUAGAUCCCUAAAACUUAUUUUAGUCUUUCAGUUUAAGAGUUUGACAACCAAACAAUGUUAGCUUUUGCCUAUACAUUCGAUCGUUAAUUGAAAAUGCAAGGUUUAAAAGAUUAACUGUUAUAAUCACUAAACGUUCACUGACAAAUAACUUCAGUAUACGUGUCUUUAAAGAGAAUAUAAAAAGUACAGUGUCCUUGGUAAGAUACAAUUAUUAACUUAUAGUUAGAUUUCUAUAAGCUUCUGUAAAUGACAAACAUUUAGUUUACCCUGAUCUCCAUUGUCUGAGCAUGUCUGAACCUUCUGAAAUUCAGUUUGGGAUGUUAGAUUCUCUAGACGUUCGUUGACUUUAUUAGUUAGUUACGAUAUUCAUUUCUAGAACACCUUUGAAUCGUUAUCAGAAUGGGGAUUUGUGGAGAUUGUAGUAGUUUCAAUAUUUGAAUUCAUGAGUUGAUCUAAGCUAGACCACCAUUGCAUCAUAUUUAUUUUGUUCCACAUUUUCCAACUAUUCAAGUUCACUUAUUCUGGGUAAACACAUUGGGUUCUAUACGAUUUGACCAAUUAGUUAAUGUCCUCACCUUGAAUCUACUUGUGUUGUAACGCGAAUUACUUACCAUUUAGGUAAGUUGUACUUUCACUUAAAACCCUUCGGUUAGCCUAACGCGACAUGCGUGAUUAUUCAUUCCUUGGAUAUGAUUAAGUUAUCCAAAGAUUAAAGUGCUUUCAGUACAGCUUAAAAGUUCUGAGUGAUGGUGAGAAGUCCCAUAAUAGGAUAAAGAAAGCUAAUAGUCUUUUAUUGGAUAUGUGAUUUUCACUGUUAUUAGCACAAUUUUCCAACAUACUGACCUAGAAUGUAGUUACAUUUCUUUUCUAUCUAGUUUAUAUUGUAGACGAAAGGCUGUAACUACAAGAGCGUACUUGCUCAGCUCAGUUCUUUUGAAUAGUAGUUUACUCAUCAAUAUUGCUUAUUUAUACUAUGAAUAUAGUUCUUCUUGAUUUGUACUAGAGAUAAGUGGGGGAGAUGGAAUUAUGCAGUAGUAGCAAUGGAUGCUACUAAAUACAGUAAUCCUAUGGAACAGUAUAAUGUCGAGGAAAUGCUAAGAGAAUUAAAUAAGGUAAUAUUAUGGUUUUAUCACUUUAUUUAAAUUGUAUUUGAUUUUGUAAUAAUCUCGGUUGAAAAAACUUUUUUUUUUAGUUGUUAUAACAUUGCUUAUCUAAAGAACGUAGCAUGUUUGAUUUUAGAGCAGUCUAUUUACUGUUCUCCAUAACUGGGUUUAAUAGUACACCAUCACCUAUCAUCUGAAAAUAGGCUUGUAUAGAUUAGUAUGGACUAACUGUUUGAUUAUUUGAUGCAUCAUUGAUGUACUGUUAACUUUUUGUGGUUUGAAUAAAAUUUUAAUCCAUAUUUCAAAAAGAAAAACUGAUGUAAUUAUUAUUUGUUUCACUUUUUUUUCGUUUGGCGAAUUAUCCAGCCUUUUGUUUAGUAUAAAACAUAUUAGUCAGUUAACUGGAGGAUGUCUGAUUGUUUUCAUGAAGUGAACUAUCAGUUAUUUUCAUUGUGUGCUGCAAAUUAUUUGUUUUCGAACUGAAUUUUGAAGACAGUAUGUUAUGUUUUUUCCUUACGUCAAUAACGAAUUCUCACACCACUACUAUGGUAUAUAUAUGAUUGGCGGAUGUAAAUUUUUCUGUCCCUAACGCCUCAACCAGAACACAAGAAAGUCAACCGAUGCACCUUGUAUUGUUCCAGACUUAAAGACUCACAUGCUUGUAUACAUCAUUUACAUGACCACAACUUACCAUAAAUGAGAAAUCUCGGCCUGUACAAAACUGAGUCAUUUGUAGGAUAACUUAAAUGCAGGCUUAUAGUUCGAAAAAUUUAACAAUACCACAAACCACUUAUUUAAUGAAAUAUCAGUCAGUCAGCUACAACGUCAGACCAGGCACAUAUAUGCAUCGGUCCAAGUUGCCAUACCUCAUUAACACAACAAGAUUAACACCGGAUUCAUAAAAGUAGUUAAUUCAGAGGUGGUAAUAUAUAAAAGAAAGAUUGCAAUAAGGAUAUAGUACAGGAAGAAAGAAUUAGUUCGUAGAAAGAAAGAUAUGAAGCGAUUUUAAUCUCUUAGUUUAAGAGAAGACAGAGAGCGUAUACACCGACGCCAUUGUGAUCGAUCCUGAGCCAUGUCACCAAGAGUCUCCAACGAUUGGUUAUGAUAAUCACGCGGACCCCAACCAAGUAGUCUGCAUCUACCAACAUGGCUCAGACUAGAAGUUAGUGACUUCAAGCACUGAUGCCACGUUUUGGUUUGACCGCCCCUAACUUUCUUCCAACCAUCUCCAACACCGGUUAGCAUCGCACGUCGUGGUAAUCGGUGUUCAGGCAUAUGUACUGAUUCACGGGAAAAGAUUUGGCAAAGUUUUACUUUUUUCAUUUAUUCCUCGAUAUCUAGCACAAUCUUUUUCUUAGACAGUAGAAAACUUUAUGUUGUUCUAUUUCUUUGCAUUGAUUUCGUUAUUUCAUGUUUACAGGCAUAUUGUGGGUUUACCGACGAGUUAUUUCCUGAAAGAAAACUACCUCCAGUUGUAGCUACUGGGAAUUGGGGAUGUGGUGCUUUUAAAGGUGAUGUAGAACUGAAAUGUACGUAACAGAUUCUUUUAGACUUUCGGGUUAAGUUUCUCUGAAGUUUUGUUGGUGUCAUUUGUAUCGAGUUUGCUUUAAACAACUGCGCAGUCCCUAAACCCUAAUCGUUUCAAUUAAUGUAUUUACCGUAGAUUGCUAACCGCUUACCAUGGAGCUAUUUUUAUUUAAGUUUUGGUAAAACGCACCUUAUACUCAAAGAUGUGAAAAACACUCUUUUAUAUAUUAUAUGUGUUGAGCAAUUUUUUUGGAUUUUUGGUAAACUACUCUCCACCUUAAAUUAUUUUCUCCGUCGUGUGUUAAACGUUUCAGGUAUACUUCAAAUGAUGGCAUGCCUUCAAGCUAAAAAGUCACUGGCAUAUUUUACUUUUGGUGAUAAAGGGUUUUGUGAUAGAAUCUAUGCAAUGUAUACGUUGCUUUCUUCUGAAAAAGUAACUGUAGGUAAGGUGGAAUUUUUUAAAUGAACUAUUCAAUAUAUUCUCGUUAAUGUAGAGAGUGAUAUCGAAGUAAUUCUAAUUGAAUAUCUUCGUGAAAAUAUAUAAUGAAGUAAAAUCAUUCAAAUAACUCUUAUUUAUCCCCCAGUUUAGAUUUUUUCUGACUGUCACUUCAAACAAUCAUGUAAAUAAAUAAUAAUUAUUUUCAUUAUAAUCCAAAUAGUAUUUCUUCAUCGACUAGUUCUUCAGACCAGGGACAAUUCAUUUUUAUCCUUGUCCAAUUUCAGGGACGGAUAAUUAUUAAAGUUCCACAACAUAUACAUAUCCCUCAAAUUUGCAUCGAUUACGUCAAUCAAAUAAGUAUGUGGCUCACCAAAAGCUAUCCUUUGUUGUCAUUCAACUUUAAGUCUGUCGCGAGGUCGAUCUCUUUCGUAACGGCACUUGAUUUGAAAAAUGUAGACGAAUAUUUAUUAAGAUUUAUAUAGACAGAAAUAAAGUUUCUUAAAUUUUCUAACCGAAGUACUCUACGGUGUACAAACUAGGGUGCUUAAGUGUAUUUUCUUUUUUAAUUUAAACAAAUCUCUUUAUCUGAUUGGGUAAUCACUAUCUAAAUCUUAAUAUAAAGCUACAACUUUUGAACAGUUCUGUCGUCCAUUUUUUAGUUGAUUUUAUACUAAGGUUGACCUUAAUAAAGGUUUGAGACGUAACUAUUUCAGAGAUGCCUAGUGCCUCUAUAGUGUCUUGCUUCUGUUGAAAUUCAAAAACAUUACGUUUUACUCUGGAUUUCGUUCCAUAUUUUGCAUAUGAAUCAGUUCAUAAUCAAAAUCAAAUUGAGUAUAUGAAAAUACCAUAUCUUAAUUUAAAUUUUUAAGGAAAAUAUUGCGGAUAUCUAUUGUAAUGUUCACCAUCACUACGGAUUGAUAGACUAGACUUUUAUGAAAUAUAGUUGUUCUAAUUAUGUAGAGAUAUCUCAUUAACGGAUCAUGUAUUGUGCCUUGGAUUUGGAGAAUUUGUGCAAAACUCGAAAAUCAGGUCCUAUUUUAAUAGGAUCGCCCCCAUAUAGUAGCACUUUCAGACUGUUCUGUUUACAAUUAUAAAAGUACUUUUCCUCGUCAAUAUCCUCUUUUGUUAUCAAAACUAAUGGUUUAUUAAUUUCACGUUUUAUAGGACGAUUAUGGCAAAUACUAAUUGAGCAUGCUGGACAUGACUUGAUGAAAAACCAAUCUGUAUUUUAUCUUAUUUCUCAAACAUUGAAGUAAACGUAAAUCAUUGAUACAUAUGUAAAAUACCACUAACUUUUAUGUCAAACCUCUCUUUUAUUUGCCUUUUCACGAACUUGGUAGCUACAAUUUCACUACUUUCGCUUUGCAACUUGUACAAAACACAAGGAAAAAAUAAAUAAAUCAACUCCAAAGUAAUCGUUUUGCCUGUAAUUAGAAACGUAAUUCAUUUUUAUCUUAAUGGUUAGUUUUCCAGGAUUGGAGUACAACCUUUAUUGAGACAAAGUUCUGUUUCUGUUAACUAAGUAUUCAACGUUUAGAUUUUCUUUGAAGUGUAAUUGCCAUUCCGUUAAAUAGGAUAGAUUAAUUGUAUAAUAUCCAUGUAUAACCAGGAAUAUGAGUAUUCAGUUUUCAAUGUUCAAAAUUAACAUUUAAUCCAAUAAUUCUGAAGCACUUGUUUCUUUCCGUUCAGCGUUAAUGAGUAAUAAGUGUAGUCGUCACUUAUUCAUGACUAUUGAUUACACUUCUAAAAAACAUAGGCCAUAGAUGAUUGUACAUCUGCGU